CAGUUUAGAGAAAACUUAGCGGGCGAGUUUUUUGACAAGUUCUGGUGGACUUGUGGAGGCGCAGCGUUUCCCCACCAGCAGUUCCUGAGCACAAACUCCAGAAAACCCUGAUUUUAUUCACUGUUUCCGGAGCUCGUCAUUUAGCAUAAAUGCCGAAUUCUUCGUCGACAGCUCCGGGGUUGGUCGCCUUCUGCGUUCCUCGCUAGGCAAUGGACAGGCAGCAGAUCCAGGUGAGUGACGAAGAGCGCGAAGUGGCACGGGAAGACAGCCGCAGGAGGAGGAGGAAGAAAGCCAUCACCUCUGCCUCCUCCGCCUCCAUGGAUCAGAUCAGCGUUGAGUUUGUGCUGCCCACAGCGGCGCGGGGCGGGAGCAGCCCCGACUCUCUGCUGCUGGAGGUGGCCGGGAACUGGACUGUGGAACAGGUGAAAGCCCAAGUUUGGAUGAAGGCGGUGUCUUUGAACCUCUGUCCCGACUUCUACCAGCGCUUCUGUCCUGAUCACUGCAUCCUCCUCUAUCAGAAGAAAGGCACUGUGUGCGAGAUCUACGACAAGCACCAGGUCUUCCAAACGCUGGACUGCAUUCGCUACUGGAGAGCUCUAAAGAGAGACGUGGGUCGAAUCCAGCUGGCGCCGCGCCCGCAGCCCACAGACGAGUCCCAGCAGUACCAGCGCUACCUCAACUACCUGAUUGGCUACGACGUGACUGACGUUAGCAACGUCCACGACGACGAGCUGGAAUUCACCCGCAGGAAGCUGCUGACGCCGCGACGCAUCGAGCUGUCGGACCGGGACGCCAACCUUUACUCCAUGGACCCCUGGGUCACCCGGAAGCCGCUGCCCGAACACCUCCUCUCCAAGGUUAAUAAUGGUUACAUCCUGGUUGUGAUCCAUGUCAGCACCUCCAGCCAGACUAUCAAAGUCUCCAUUGAUGAUACGCCUUCACAGGUAUUGGCGAGCUUCUUUGCAAAAACGGCCAAUAAAAGGGUUUUGUUGGGAAUCCCUGAACACUUGAGCGACGAGGACUUUGUGUUGCGUGUGUGUGGCAGAGAGGAGUAUUUGUAUGGAGAGAAAGCCCUGCAGAGCUUCAACUGGAUCCGUCAGUCCCUCAAGAACGGCGAGGAGAUCCACCUGGUUCUGGAGACUCCGCCUGAUCCGGAGCUGGAUCUGGUCCAGCGGGAGGACUGGGCCCAAGUGGAUGACUGCACAGGCGUCGCAGGCACCCACGAACAGCUGACCAUUGCUGAGAAAGACCAUGAGCGAGUGUUCACCAUCUCCAUGUGGGACUGCAACAGGAAGUUCAGAGUCAAAGUGCUUGGAAUCGACAUCCCGACGCUCCCCAAAGUCCCAGAGCUUACGGUCUUCAUCGAGGCCAGCAUCUUCCAUGGGCAGCAGCUUCUGGCUCAGGAAAGAACAACUUCCAAGACGUUUAAUGAAGAAGUGCUGUGGAACUGCUGGCUGGAGUUUAACAUAAAGAUCAAGGACCUACCUAAAGGGGCACGCCUCAACCUGCAGGUGAUCUGUGGGAAGCAACCCCAAACCCCCAACUCCAAAAGCUCCUACCACGACAACACAGCAGGAAGCUCCACUCUUGAAGGAAAGACCAAGAACCGCCUCCUGUACUACGUCAACCUGCUCCUGAUCGACCACCGCUCCCUCCUCCGCCAAGGCGAGUUCAUCCUCCACAUGUGGAAGAUGCCCGAAAAGAGCGAGGAGAGCAGCAGCAGCAUCAACGCGGACAAGCUCACGUCGGCCACCAACCCGGACAAGGCCUCCUCCAUGGCCAUCGCCAUCUUGUUGGACAAGUACUGCUACCCGGUGGUGCUGCCCAAGAGCAGGGAAGUGGGCAGGGACUGUGGGGCCGGCGGUGAGGAGGGCGACGGAGGAGAGAGAGGACAGAGAGAAAUGCCCAACCACCUGAAGAAGCAGUUUGAGGCGAUUGUGUCCACCGAUCCAUUACAUCCCCUGAGUCCAGAGGACAAAGAGCUGCUGUGGCACUUCAGGCAUGAGUGCAUGCGUGAUCCGAGGGCUUACCCGAAGUUGCUGGGCUCAGUCAAAUGGGGGAAACAGGAAGACGUCCUGGCUACUCACUGCCUGUUGGAUCGCAGCAAUGCCUGGGACACCAGUGGUCUGGAUGUUGGUCUGGCGAUGCAGUUGCUAGACUGCCACUACUCGGAUGCCCAGGUCCGAUCCAUGGCGGUGCGGAAGCUGGAGACGCUGGAGGACGAUGACGUCCUCCGGUAUCUCCUCCAGCUCGUCCAGGCAGUGAAGUUUGAGCCGUACCAUGACAGCGCCCUGGUCAGGUUCCUGCUGAAGAGAGCAUUGAGGAGUAAGCGCAUCGGCCAUUUUCUGUUCUGGUUCCUGCGGAGUGAGAUUGCCCAGUCCAUGCACUACCAGCAGAGGUACGCCGUGCUGCUGGAGGCCUACCUCAGAGGCUGCGGGGAGAACAUGCUGCAGGACUUCAGGAAGCAGGUGGAGAUGACGGAGGCCCUUCAGAAAGUCACGCGUGAGAUGAAAGCCAUGUCUGCCGACAAAUAUGACGUCACACAGCAAGUUGUGAUCCAGCUGCGUCAGAAACUGGAGACCUUGCAGUUGUCGGGCCUUCCGGAGAGUUUCCGAGUCCCUUACGAUCCCGGGCUGAGAGCUGGGACUCUGCUGAUCGAGCAGUGCAAGGUGAUGGCGUCCAAGAAGAAGCCGCUGUGGCUGCAGUUCAAACGCGCCGACCCCACCACGCUGUCCAAAGACCCCGUGGGCAUCAUCUUCAAGGACGGGGAUGACCUGCGACAGGACAUGCUCAUCCUGCAGAUUCUGCUCAUCAUGGAGUCCAUCUGGGAGACGGAGUCUCUGGAUCUGUGCCUCCUGCCGUACGGCUGCAUCUCCACCGGCAACAAGAUCGGAAUGAUUGAGAUCGUUAAAGACGCCACCACGAUCGCUACCAUCCAGCAGAGCGUCGUCGGAAGCACCGGUGCCUUCAAGGAUGAAAUCCUCUACCAGUGGCUGCGGGACAAGUGUGUCAGCGAGGAAAAGUUCCAGCAGGCUGUGGAGAGGUUCCUGUAUUCCUGUGGCGGGUACUGCGUGGCCACCUACGUCCUUGGAAUCGGAGAUCGCCACAAUGACAACAUCAUGAUCACAGAGUCGGGGAACCUGUUCCACAUCGACUUCGGUCACAUCCUGGGGAACUACAAGAGCUUCAUGGGAAUCAGCAAGGAGUGGGUUCCCUUCGUGCUCACGCCGGACUUCCUGUACGUCAUGGGAACGUCGGGGAAGAAGAGCAGCCCCCACUUCCAGAAGUUCCAGGAUGUGUGUGUGAAGGCUUACCUCGCUCUCCGCCAUCACACCAACCUGCUCAUCAUCCUGUUCUCCAUGAUGCUGAUGACCGGGAUGCCGCAGCUGACCAGCAAGGAGGACAUAGAGUACAUCCGUGAGGCGCUGACGGUCGGCCGCAGCGAGGACGAGGCGCAGCGCCACCUGCUGGACCAGAUCGAGAUCUGCCGGGAGAAAGGCUGGAUGGUUCAGAUCAACUGGUUCGUCCACCUGGUGCUGGGGAUCAAGCAGGGCGUGGAGAAACGCUCCACGUAGACGGCACUUCCUCCUCAGACGGCUACAGCUACCCUUCCUUAUUGUUUCAGAGCUUUUCCCUUUUUUAUAUACAUAUAUUUUUUUUUUUUCGUUGAAUUAACAAGGUAGAUACUAAUGUUGAUCGUUAUUAAAGCAAAAAGCCAAAGAGAGACAGUUUAUAUCGCACUUUAAAGACCAAGUCGAGACCACAUACGCAUAAACGAACAUUCCUAGAGCUUUUUUUAAACCAGUUUCCACAUGAGAUCAAUAAUCGGUGCAGCUUUCAAAUGAGUAAAAUUGUACAUUUUAUUGUAUUUUUUUUUUUUUUGUUCUUUUGAGAAACAUUCCCCGUCUCUCCAAAAUGCUUAAACUUUUUGGCUCUCAACUCUCAGAAGCAUGAGCUUCUUUAAGAUCUGAGUUGCAGAGUAAAUAUCUGUCUUAAAGGGGCGGUGUUAUGUAUUUUACAAGGCACAUAGUGCCAUUUUAUAGCACAAUCAAGUAACAGUAGCCGCGUUUCCAUUGCAGAAGUGCUCAAAACUUUGUCAAAAUAACACAAUUUUGCAAUUGCAGUGCUACCAUUAAAUAAGAAACGCAAUCAAAAUCCCAAGUGAAUACAUUUGUUCAAGUCAUUAAAAAAACACCACUGAGCUAUCCUCCAGCUACUUCCUGUCGUGUUCUUCUUCCUUGUUGUUUGCACCAGAUUCAACAUCCAGUUGUUGAUCAUGUGACUCCUGUGAUGGGGAAAAAAGUGUUUCUGUUGCAGUUUUCUGAAACCAAAAAACUGCAACGCAUCCUAGCGCCAAAACUUGAUCAAGUGAUAUGAUAUAUGAUGAAUGAAAAUGCAGUUUAUCUUGCCUUCAUUUGUAUACAUCAAACAAAACUUAAAAGAAAUUUGACUUUGGAAUUUUAACGCCUUGAAAUCGGACCUCUGUCUCUUUAAGAAGCUCCUGCUCUUUCCUAAACUUCGCCUUCCGGAAGUCAUCACAACGUUUCUCCAUUAAGUCAUUUACAGCCAUUCUGAAUGUUUCACUGAGAAGUAGUUUGUACAAUGAGCUCAACAGAUGCACAGUUCUACCAGAUGUUUGCUAAUUGUUGCUGGCUAGUCUGAAGGAGCUGAAAGGGGGAGUCAUGGAGAGCUUAGUGGAAAAGGCAGCACUUGGUGAGACCAAGCGUUUACCCCAAAUCGUUGCCACCGGAGACGAAAGGGUUUCUCAAACAUGCAUGAAAGAAUCAAAGCAAUACUCCGUGUAUGUUUUGAUUAUGACAUCAUGUAAAUCUUAAAAGUUGAUUUUACAUAACACUGCCUCUUUAAAACCAGUAUUUGUGUUGUGAGUUUCCUUUAAAACACACUGGAAAAAGUCGGGUUGCUUCUUGGAAAAAGCUUGAACAUGUUUAGCAAAUAAAGAUGAAAAAUCAA